GAACACGCCCCUCUUACGCGUUCUCGGUAAUGUUCGCCUUUCUUCGUGCAUAUGCUGCCACCAUUUUACUAGCUACUGUGGUUUAGGAAAGGUUGUGGUUGACGGUCUAAAAAUCAGCAUCUAAAGGCGGAGAAUAUUUCAUUGGCAAUGGAUGGUGAUGUCGCGGUUGGUGUGAAGAGGGGAUCAGAUGAGUUGCUCUCAGGUAGCCACUACAACAGUCCCAACUCCUCUGUUACUUCGAAUGGAAGUGACAGUAAGAAGCUGAGGGUAGAGGAGAACCCACCCUCCCGGGUCAUCCAUAUCCGAAAGCUUCCAAACGAGGUGUCUGAGACGGAGGUCAUUGCUCUGGGCCUGCCCUUUGGAAAGGUCACAAACAUCCUUAUGCUGAAGGGUAAAAACCAGGCUUUCCUAGAAAUGGGCACAGAGGAAGCGGCCAUCACCAUGGUGAACUAUUACACGACAGUGACACCCCAAGUGCGAAACGUCCCUGUUUUCAUCCAGUACUCCAACCACAAAGAACUGAAGACAGACAGCACUCUUAAUCAGCGAGCUCAGGCAGUGCUGCAGGCGGUGUCAGCAGUGCAGGAUGGCAGCUCCCCUAACUCCGAGUCCGGAGGCAGUGAGAACGUGCUGACCCCGGCCCCUAGCCCCGUGCUCAGGAUCAUCAUCGACAACAUGUUCUACCCCGUCACACUGGACGUGCUACAGCAGAUAUUCUCCAAGUUUGGUACGGUCAUGAAGAUCAUCACCUUCACUAAAAACAACCAGUUCCAAGCCCUGCUCCAAUACAGCGAGCCAGUCAACGCUCAGCAAUCCAAACUGUCCCUGGACGGUCAGAACAUCUACAACUCCUGCUGCACGCUGCGCAUCGACUACUCCAAGCUGGUGAACUUGAACGUCAAGUACAACAACGACAAGAGCCGAGACUACACGCGCCCAGAGCUGCCAGCCGGAGAUGGCCAGGACUCCAGCAUGAACAAGGACUCCACCUCUCUCCUCGGUUCUCCAACUGCAGCUCCCUUCUCUAGUGGUGGAGGCUUUUCGUCUUCUCUUUGCCUUGCACAGGGCGGAGGAGCCAUCUCCCCGCUGAGCGCGGCGGCGGCGGCAGCGGCAGCAGCAGGCAGGGUGGCCCUCGCCGGCCACUCGGGCAGCAGCGGGGUGCUCUUGGUGAGCAACCUCAAUGAAGAGAUGGUUACGCCCCAAAGUCUCUUUACCCUCUUCGGCGUGUAUGGUGACGUGCAGCGCGUGAAGAUCCUCUUUAACAAGAAGGACAGCGCCCUCAUCCAGUUAUCUGAUGGAAACCAGUCCCAGCUGGCCAUGAGCCACCUGAACGGUCAGAAGAUGUACGGUAAGAUCAUUCGCGUGACCCUGUCCAAGCACCAGACAGUGCAGCUGCCAAGGGACGGCCUGGACGACCAGGGCCUCACCAAGGACUUCGCCAACUCGCCCCUGCACCGCUUCAAGAAGCCUGGCUCCAAGAACUUCCAAAACAUCUUCCCUCCCUCUGCUACCAUGCACCUGUCCAAUAUCCCGGAGGAUGUGACUGAGGAGGAUCUGCGAUUGCUCUUCUCCAAUGCUGGCGGAACUGUGAAGGCUUUCAAGUUCUUCCAAGACCGCAAGAUGGCGCUAUUGCAGAUGGGCACCGUGGAGGAGGCCAUUCAGGUCCUAAUCGACCUGCACAAUUACGACAUGGGAGCCGGACAUCGUCUCAGGGUGUCAUUCUCCAAGUCCACAAUCUAAAAGCCCCCCCCAACCCUACCCACACUUGUACCGCCCCCCUCACAUACAACACACACACGUACAACACACACACAUCAAACACACACACACACACACCCAUCCCCCUGUGGAGCUCAGACAAACCCCAUCAUUCCUUUCGAGACCAUAUGGAUACUGCAGAUUUAGCUCCAUGUUGCUCUCCUCCUGAUUAUUUAAAUUCUUUCCUGUGGUUUUUUUUUUUUUUUGUGGUUGGCAUUCUCUCCCUCCUCCCCUCUAUGUUUGGUUGUGGAGAGUGCAGUAGUCCCUUGUUUUAAAGUAAGAAUGGAUUGACAAAAGUGCCUUACCCAGCAAAAUAGCAUCAUGGUUUUGCUUCCUCCUCGUGUGUGAAGGUAGUCAUGUUGAGGCGCAUUCUGCUGUGGUGGUGUAAGCAACGCAAUCUGUUCUCUCCCUUUAUACCAUAUCCCAUGUACCCCCCCCCAAACACACUGUGGAGUGUGGCAGUGAUGUCCCCAGUCUCCAGCCUCUAACACUGGCUGAGUGAAAAAGCGAUGGCGAACACAGAUGACUUCUGGUCCCCCUUGAGCCCUGCCAGAUGGCCAGCUUUUCUUUUGAAGUGUAAACUUUGGCUGGCCUUCACUCUGAAGUCUGUGCUUUCAAACAAUUCCCACUUUUUUGGGAAGUGUUAAAUGGUGUGUAAUUUACUUCAGAUUUAGAUGUUGGACCUAAUUUGCUUCUUUUAAUUGUUUUGCCCUGUUGUGUGUGUGUGUGUGUGUGUGUGUGUGUGUGUGUGCGUGCCUCCAACACCCCCCCCCCCCUUUUUUUUUUUAAAGAAUAGAGCUAAAUUGUUUUAAGCAUAUACUUAUGGGUGUUUGCAGUUUCUGGGGUGUGUUGCUAUCGCCUGUUUCCUGGGGAUGUGGCCAGAGCAAGGUGUGGCAGGCACCAGGAGAAAGGACUGUUGGGACCAAAGUCAAUGUGCCUUUAGUCUUACCUUACUCUGCAUUGUAAAAGAUGUUUCACCUCUGGAACCUUUGCUGAACGUCAAACUAUGGACUUCCCCGAACUGAAACACAGCCCCUCCAACACCCUAACUUAACUGCUCCACACCUUCGACCCGGAGUAGAGGCUGGUACUGCUUGUACAGUCCGCUGUCGCUGAGUAAACCCAAACCCAAUUGUGUGAUCUGAGCUUCUGGGGGGAGCUUCUGUAUAUUUUCUAUUUUGUUUUGAGUUUUUACAUCUGUAGUAAAUGUAAAGAUCAGUAUAGUUUGGAAGUGGCACGAUUAAACUAAGUUCAUUUUCUACCAAGUGAAUGUUCUGGCAGUCCCUGUGUACGUUCUACUUUGACCCGAUGUAGCAUGCUGAAAUAAACUCUAGCUCUGUC